UUCCCCUAUCCCCCUCUCUGGGAGACUGCGAGCCAACCUCUUUCCACUGAAGGUGUGUGCCUGUGAGUUUCUCAGAGUGUGUGUGGUGUCAGUCUGGUAUACAUUUUGGCAGGCACACACACACAUACACACACAGAGUUAAAUUGGAGUACAGAGCACUCUCUCUCAUUUUCCCUGCUCAUUCUGUUAGACUUGUUUGGUGGACCAUUGGAGAGCAUCAGAGACGCCCACAGCCUAGAGUGAGUGCCAUAAAUCCCUUUCAGCAGUGUGAGCAGCCAGCAGGUUCUACACCACGCAUCUGGAGGCAAAAAUACUUCAGCUGAUAUUGGCUUACUGAUUGCUGGACGUUCUGCAUUUGGAUAUACCGUUGUUCAGCCAAGAGCUAAUGUGAUCCAGACAUGGUUUAGUUGGAACGUGGCUACAUGUAUGGGGUACAGCAAAAUGGCCAUGAGAUGCAGUACACAAUGAACUGCUCUUCUGGAGUACAUAUGAGGGUCUGCAGAGUUUUGUGGACGAGCAUGAUGCUAAGGCAAUGGAGUUUUGCUGUGCUCUUAUUAAGCAUCCCUCUACCUGUCCAAGGGCAACCCAUACACGCUCUCAGCAACAGAAUGAAACGGUCAGUGAGUCAAGCCCAACUUAUGCAUGACCGAGGAAGUUAUCUGCAAGACAGGAAGCGACAACUCUGGCUGCAGGAGCUUUUUAAACAAGUACAUACUGCCAAUGUGUGGGACACCCCAUCCAGCAGUGGAGCCAACCUCCAGCAUGUAACCUGGGGUGCCCAAGCUCCCAAAACUGCCAGCAGCACCAAAGACUUUCUUUUGGACUUUCAGUUAGAGAGCACAGGCACAAUCAACUCCCUGCCACAGGAGACCAACAAAGAGCAGCCAGCUGGCACUAGGAGAAAGAAAAGAGUAUGUUUGGGGAAGUGGAGUGAGAGCAAUAAACGAAGAGGAUGGCCAUGCUCAAUACAAGCCCAAGUAGCAUUAAGAGCUCACUAAGUAGGGAAAACUGACAGUAAGUGAGGAGACGACUGUGAAACAAGAGGCCAUGACACCAUCAAACAUUUUGGACCAUGGCCUCAAAACCUCUUUACUAUAGAUUAGUUUCUAUCAUCAUCAUAAAACAGUCCCUUAUAGGUAGAAUUCUUUGUCCCAUGCACUGUUUGACUCACAAUUACAUCAAUAUAUUAUUUAAUCUUUACAGAAAUCCUGAAAGUUUUUUAGAGGAAAGAUGAAUCUAAUUAUACAGUAAUAAGUCUGUAUUUCAUUUAUUCAUUCAUUCUACUUCAGUAACUGCUUCAUUCUGGUCAGGGUCCCAGUGGAUCUGGAGCCUAUCUAGGGAAUGGGAUGCCAAUUACUGGACACUAUGCACACUUAUUUACAUACAGGAGCAAUUAACACUAACCAGUCUGCCUUUGGGCAUGUUUUUGGCAAAAACCAACACAGACACAGAGAGAACACUUCACAGACAGUAACCUGAACUCAGGAUCAAAUUAGAAUCUCUGGAGCUAUGAGGCAGCAUAAAUACUUGUGCCACUGUGGCAUCAGUCCAUGCUUGAUAUAAUAAAAAGUCAUAUGCAUUUUUUUCAUGUACUACACUAAUCACCCAUACUUUUUAUUUAUUUGACCAGAAAUGUAUAUUUAUUCUGUAAAGGUAUCACAAUGCUGCUCUUUUCUAAAAGUUUCAAACAAUGCACUUUAGAAAUCUGCGAUAGACACCUGUAUGUCAGUAUUCUUCUGAUGAAUGUUCUCCUAUUCUGUUAAAAAAUAGCUCCUGCUAUGCUUUCCAUUUUCAGCAUCAUCAAUAAAUCUCAUGAGCAUGAUAAGAAAUUAAGAGAAAUGUCAUGUUUCCAUAAC